GGAGAAGAGGAGGAUCUACAAAGAGAGAAAAAAAUCCUUCUCUCCCUCCUGCUGCCUCUCUUCGUGCAUCCUACGGGCAGCGCGGAGCGAAGAGGAGCGCGGAGGAUCCAGCUAGCAUAUUUUCUACGCUGCUUGCCCACGAUUUCUGUGGCUGCAUCACAGUGUGUGGAGCGCAGGGGAGAGCCCCCGAGAGCCUCAUCGGUGACAUCGCUCCGCAGCCGAAGAAGAGCACCGUAGAGGAGCCAGGAUGCUUAACAACCUGACCGACACAGAGGAGGGGGACGGGGGAGCGCAAAGCCAGGGCGACAGUAACCCCAAGGAGAGCAGCCCCUUCAUCAACAGCAGUGAUGCUGCCGCCGAAAAGAGCCAGCAGUAUGACGGCAAGAACAUGGCCUUGUUUGAGGAGGAGAUGGACACCAGCCCCAUGGUGUCGUCUCUCCUCAGCAGCCUGGCCAACUAUUCCAACCUGCCCCAAGGUAGCAAGGAGCACGAGGAGGCCGAGAACAACGAGGCCGAGUCAUCGCGCAAGAAACCCGUCAAGGCCCCCCAGCUCGGCACUCUGAUGGGCGUCUACCUGCCGUGCAUCCAGAACAUCUUCGGAGUGAUCCUCUUCCUCAGGAUGACCUGGUUGGUGGGAGUUGGAGGUGUCAUUGGGACGUUCAUCAUUGUCUUCAUGUGCUGUUCCACGACCAUGCUGACUGCCAUCUCGAUGAGUGCCAUCGCUACCAAUGGAGUAGUGCCAGCUGGAGGCUCCUACUACAUGAUAUCCCGUUCACUGGGCCCUGAGUUUGGGGGAGCAGUGGGGAUCUGUUUCUAUCUGGGGACCACCUACGCUGGAGCCAUGUACAUCCUGGGGGCCAUCGAGCUCCUCCUGAUCUACAUAUAUCCCAAAGCGGCCAUCUUUCCCCUGGAAGGCCUGGAAGGUGCCGAAGCGGAGGCUGCCCUGCUCAACAACAUGCGUGUGUACGGGACCAUCCUCCUGACCUCCAUGGCCACGGUGGUGUUUGUCGGCGUCAAGUACGUCAACAAGUUGGCCCUGGUGUUUCUGGCCUGCGUCAUCCUCUCCAUCCUGGCCGUCUACGCCGGGGUCAUCAAGACUGCUGUUGAUCCUCCCGACUUCCCUGUGUGCAUCUUGGGGAACCGCACUUUGGUGUGGAAGACCUUUGAUGUGUGUGCCAAGACCAUUGAGACUGCCAAUGGGACAGUCACCACCCAGCUGUGGAGCAUGUUCUGCGAUUCACCUUUCCUCAACGCGACCUGCGACAAGUACUUUGUUGCCAACAACCUGUCUCAGGUCCAGGGCAUCCCGGGGGUCACCAGUGGCAUCCUGGCAGAGAACCUGUUUGGGAACUACUACGAGAAGGGCGACUUGAUUGCCAGGAGGAACAUGUACUCAGCAGAGGAGCAGGACGAAACUCUGACCAACUCUAACCGCUACGUGUUGUCUGACAUCACCAGCUUUUUCACGCUGCUGGUCGGCAUCUACUUCCCCUCUGUGACAGGGAUCAUGGCUGGCUCCAACCGCUCUGGUGACCUGCGUGAUGCUCAGAAGUCCAUCCCCAUUGGAACCAUUGCAGCCAUCACCACCACCUCCAUCGUCUACAUGUCCAGUGUGUUUCUAUUUGGUGCCUGCAUCGAGGGCGUCGUCCUCAGUGACAAGUUCGGAGAGGGGGUGCAUGGGAACCUGGUGAUUGGCACGUUAGCCUGGCCGUCACCGUGGGUGAUUGUGAUUGGCUCCUUUUUCUCAACGUGUGGGGCAGGGCUGCAGAGUCUGACAGGAGCUCCUCGGCUCAUGCAGGCCAUCGCCAAGGACGGCAUUGUGCCCGCCCUUCGGAUCUUCGGCCAUGGGAAGGCCAAUGGAGAACCCACAUGGUCCCUCCUGCUGACAGCUUGUAUCUGUGAGAGCGGCAUCCUCAUCGCAUCCCUGGAUGCAGUGGCUCCCAUCCUCUCCAUGUUUUUCCUCAUGUGCUACAUGUUUGUGAACCUGGCCUGUGCCCUGCAGACGCUGCUGAGGACUCCUAACUGGAGACCUCGCUUCAAGUUUUACCACUGGGCUCUGUCCUUCCUCGGGAUGAGCUUGUGUCUCACGCUCAUGUUCCUCUGCUCCUGGUACUAUGCCAUUGUCGCCAUGGUAAUCGCCGGCUCCAUCUACAAGUAUAUUGAGUUUGCUGGUGCGGAGAAAGAGUGGGGUGACGGGAUACGAGGUCUGUCUCUGAGUGCUGCGCGUUACGCUCUGAUGCGGCUGGACGAGGAUCCCCCGCACACCAAGAACUGGAGGCCUCAGUUGCUAGUGCUGGUCAGUACAGACGCCGAGCAGAAUGUGGAGCAACCUCGUCUGCUCUCUCUGACCAACCAGCUGAAGGCAGGAAAAGGUCUGACCAUUGUUGGCACCGCUCUAGAAGGCACCUACCUGGAGAACUACAGCCAGACCCAGCGUGCAGAGCAGGCACUGCAUAAACUGAUGGAAACUGAGAAGGUGAAGGGUUUCUGUCAAGUGACCGUGUCCUCGAAUCUGCGUGACGCUACAUCCCACUUGCUCCAGGCCAGCGGGCUGGGAGGCCUGAAACAUAAUGCUGUGCUGGUCUCAUGGCCGCGCAACUGGAAACAGGGAGACGAGCAUCAGACCUGGAGGAACUUCAUUGAGUUGGUCAGAGAAACCACAGCUGCUCACCUGGCUCUGCUCGUGCCGAAGAACAUCUCGGCCUUCCCUUCCAAUGGAGAGCGCUUCACUGAGGGUCACAUCGACGUGUGGUGGAUCGUCCAUGAUGGAGGCAUGCUGAUGCUGCUGCCCUUCCUUCUCCGCCAGCACAAGGUUUGGAGGAAGUGCAAGAUGCGCAUCUUCACCGUGGCCCAGAUGGACGACAACAGCAUCCAGAUGAAGAAGGACCUGACCACAUUCCUCUAUCACCUCCGUAUUGAUGCUAUGGUGGAAGUUGUAGAAAUGCACGACAGCGACAUCUCAGCCUACACUUACGAGAAGACCCUGGUGAUGGAACAACGGUCACAGAUGCUAAAAAAGAUCAACUUGACCAAGAACGAGCGGGAGAGAGAGAUCCAGAGCAUCACUGAUUCAUCCCGUGGGUCGAUCCGCCGCAAGAACCCGGCCGCUGUGACCACUCAGCUGAGUGUGACCGAGGAGCCGCCUGCAGCCACUAAGGAGGAGAAGCCUGAGGAAGAGGUCCAGCUCAUCCACGACAACACCACCCCGACCAGCCCUGCGACCCCGGCCACCCCAGUGACCCCCGCAGAGGGGGCUCAGAGCCCCGGGGAGCAGGUCCAGAUGACUUGGACUGAGAAGUGCGACGGAGAGCCCGCCAAGCCGCCCGGCGCAGCCACACCCGACAACAUCAAAGACAUCUUCAACAUGAAGCCUGAGUGGGAGAACCUGAAUCAGUUCAAUGUGCGACGUAUGCACACAGCACUCCGGCUGAAUGAGGUCAUCAUCAAGAAGUCCUCAGAGGCCAAGCUUGUCCUCCUCAACAUGCCCGGGCCGCCCAAGAACCGGACAGGUGACGAGAACUACAUGGAGUUCCUGGAGGUCCUCACCGACGGCCUCAACCGGGUCCUCCUGGUCCGCGGAGGCGGCCGCGAGGUCAUCACCAUCUACUCCUGAAAGAGCAGCCCCCUCCUCCCCUACCAUCCCCCCCUCGACCCUCCCCUCAGCCCCCUUCCUGUGUCACCUGUGCUCCCUCAUCGACGCUGCCUCAUCAUCACCAUCACGACCGUUUCUUUCUCGAUAGCUCCGCUCAGCUUCAGCACCUCUCUGCUCCAUCCCCAGCAGACCGACGAGCAGCCUCACACGCUCCGCUACCAGACCUUUCAUUUUACUCUCAUAAGCUACUCUAUCUGUUGUAGGCUCUGGACUAAUUUAGAUGCUUUCUAGAUUUGUUCUUAGAGAGACUUUUUCUUUUCUUUGGUGAUCUGUCUGAGUCGGAGUCACUCAGUGAAGAGGAGGAGGCGUGUGUGAGGUGUGAGCUGAGGUGUGAGCGCACAUGCAUGUAUGUGUUUGUUUCAAUCUGAAGAUUCUUCUUAUUUGUGUUGAUUUUAUACAAGUGAGACACAGAAGCAGCUCCUGCUCUGAAAGAACGAGAGCUGCGAUGAGCUCUGUGCAGGUUUUUAGUUCCAGUGUGGUGAUCGGACACUUUCAAGGCAAAAAGACGCUGCUGCCUACAGUCAGGACCAGCGGCUGGAAGAAGAGGACGGAGAAGACAGUUGAGUAUGAACUGUGAAUUCACAUCCAUGUUCGGAGGAGAAGACUGAACCGGCACGUGGAUCAAACCUGCAGAUUUAUCUCUAACUUGCUCAAUUCCUUUGGCAUGAAAUCCUCACAACCGUGUGUGUGUUUCUACUCCACACGUUUUGUUCCCACCAUCACUUGUCUUUCCAGCCAUCCUCCUUUUCAACUCAUCUCUUAGUGGCUGUUUUAUCCCUGUCGCCACUGUUAGUGCCAAAAAAAAAAGAUACAACAAGGCUAGCUUAGUCUGUAGAGAUUGACACGUGAUUAAACUGUGAAUUGUGCGUUUCCUCGCAGGAGGCUGGUGCGAUAGUGGAGUGAGGGGGAGGAGAG